AGUUUCACUCACAAUGCGUAAGAAAUACCGAAAAAUGAUAAAAUAUUUAAAAAAUCGGUUAAAGACCGAAAAAUGUAAAUACAAGAAGGUGGAGAACUGGAGAUGCACCCCACGAAAUAUGCUUAAGAAAUCGGGGCUGUUUCACAAUUAAACGAAAACUUCUUGGCUGCAAUUUCCGGGGGCAGCAAACGAAGCUCGAAACUCCGAGAAUGGCGACUACGACGCUCGCGAACAGAGGUGCAACGGAACGAACAGCAAGCUUCUUGAGGCUCUCAGUUAGAUUCCUCAGAAGUUUCAGUGUUUCUUCGUCUUCUUCUUCCUCUGCUUCUUCUUCAAACCCUGCGGCCCCGGCGUCGAAGAAACCCAAGCGAAAAAAGAAGAAGAACCUGUUCGAGGUCGUUCAAUUCCUUCCUAACUGGGGAAUCGGAUAUCAGAUGGCCAAGACUCAUUGGACUGGCGUUUCCUACGAGAUCACCAAGAUCAACCUCUACAAGGAUGGUAGGCACGGCAAGGCUUGGGGAAUUGUUCAUAAAGAAGGUUUGCCAGCAGCUGACAGUGCCAAGAAAAUAAGUGGGGUUCACAAGCGCUGUUGGAGAUACAUCCCAAAUGUGAAGAAAGCAGAAGAAAGCACAGCCAAACCAGAAGUUCAAGAAAAAGUUUGAUUCAAUACAAACCUCUGCUUUACCCUUCCCAGUUGAUUUAGAGUUUGCACUCACAAAGUUGCCCAUUUCAUAAACUCUUCAAAAAACUUGAUGAUUUCGGAACCCCCAAAUUCUCUCUAAGAAAUGACAAACCCUAUAGUUUUAAAAUUAUUCAAACUCAUUACAAAUUUCCUCUUCAGAGCUUGUCGAUCAUAAUUUAUGUGCUUCUUGUUUAUGCUGUAAAUUAUGAGAGAGCUGUAUCUUUACUGCAAACUGAUUACUCUGAUGGAACAUGUGGUGAAAUUAAGAUAUGGUUACAGUGGUCAA